AUGACUUAUGAUGACAUUUUGGCAGCCCGAAACAAGCGUGCAGCAGAUGAAUCUGGCAUCGCCGGUCGGGCCAGAAAAUCUGGCAAACGUCAAAAAACAGGUCCCAAAUCUUUUAAGUCUCCUAAACCCUUGUCAAAUGCUCCCCUACAAGCCUCUGGGAUUCAGUCCAGGAGCCUGGAAAUUUAUUGUUCGAUUUUGCGGUUCUGA